GAUAACGUGGCAUACUUCUGCUACCCCUUCACUUUGGAGAUGUUUUUCACCCAAGGAGAUGAAUCGGAAGACAGUCUCCCUCAGUGGCCUGUUCUCUACUUCGAGGUCGUCUCCCUGGAUUUCUGGCAGAGGUAUCGCAUUGAAGGAUAUGGUUCCUUGGUGCUGCCAGCAUCUCCAGGUCUCCACAUGCUCACCAUCCCUACCUGGCGCCCUGUGGAGCUGGGGACAGUCACUGAGCUGAGGAGAUUUUUCUCUGGUGGAUCUCCUGAGCUGGAGGACAUAACCUACAUCAGGAUACCAUCAACCUUCAAGGGAGAGCGUCUGAGCUGCUUUGGUUUUCGCACAGAGACAACAGGGAGUGUCACGUUCCGGCUUUACUGCCUGCAGUAGUCUAAAGCCUUUCUGGAAACCAGUGCCCUGAGGCAGUGUGUGCAGAGUGUACUGGACUGGCUUGGAGGCUUUAGCCAGCACAGUUCUGUCUACAACGUUUUGGAGGCUUUCCAGAGGGCACAGCGCCGGAUGCAGGAAGCACGCGAGAGCCUUCCUCAAGACCUCAUCAGCACCUCUGCCUCCACUGUGCGCCAGUUGCAGGAACCAUGA